CGCAGGCUUAGAGCUGUUGCCUUGCACAAUCUGUCGGCACACCCUCCAACGCACGAUUAGUGCAGAGUCGUGUGUCGUGACACUGGUUCUCGGCAAUUGAGCCUUUGUUGCAGCAUGGCCUACCAACAGCUGCAAGGCUACAGGGUUGCUGGUGCACCUCCGGUCAGCCGGCAAUUUGCUCCGCGUGUCGGGUCUGGUCGCCGCGCCCUUCGUGUCCACGCAGUGGCAGAGUUGGAUAAGACAGCUCCAAUCGUGAGGGGUGGCACCUCAUCCGUGCCUGCCCCUGCCGAUAUCGCAAAUAAGCUGCGAUAUCUUUUCGGCCGGAAUGGGGACUACACAACUGCUGACGCUUACCAGGGAACGGCAUGGAGUGUGCGCGAGAAGUUGAUCGACUCUUUCAACAAGACCCACGAAUACUGGAAGAAGGAGGACCCCAAGUUUGUUUACUAUCUCUCAGCUGAGUUCCUGAUGGGGCGGUCGCUGAUCAACACUGUGUACAACUUAGGUCUCGAGGGUGAAUAUGCGGAGGCCUUGAACCAGAUGGGAUACGAGAUGGAAAGGGUCGCGGAUGCUGAGCGUGACGCUGCUUUGGGCAACGGUGGUCUGGGGCGUCUGGCGGCAUGCUUCUUGGACUCCAUGGCGACGCUUGAUUUGCCGGGCUGGGGCUACGGCAUUCGUUAUAAGUAUGGCAUGUUUAAGCAGGCUCUUAAAAACGGCUACCAGGUGGAGCUGCCGGACAUCUGGCUGACCAAGGGUAACCCCUGGGAACUGCGGCGCGACGAUGUGAAGUACGAGGUGGGCUUUGGAGGCCGAGUGGAGCGCCGCAAGCAGGGCAGCAAGGAGGUGACCGUGUGGACACCCUCGGAGCGGGUCAUUGCCCAGGCGUACGACAACCCUAUUCCCGGCUACAACACCCCGACGACCAGCAACCUGCGGCUGUGGGAUGCGGUGCCGGUGACGGAGUUCGACUUGGGCGCUUUCAAUGCGGGAGACUACGACCGGGCUAUGCUGGAGCGCGAGCGUGCUGAGGGCAUCAGCGCGGUGUUGUACCCCAACGACUCGACGCCCGAGGGCAAGGAGCUGCGGCUCAAGCAGCAGUACUUCUUCGUGUGCGCCUCGCUGCAGGAUGUUCUAUCGCGCUUCAAGGCCGUGCAUGCCACUGACUUCAAUUUGCUGCCCGAGAAGGCGUGCUUCCAGCUGAACGACACGCACCCCACCAUUGCGGUGGCUGAGCUGAUGCGGCUGCUGGUUGAUGUGGAGGGACUGGACUGGGACCAGGCCUGGACCAUCACUACUAAAUGCCUCAACUACACCAACCACACCGUGAUGCCAGAGGCGCUGGAGAAGUGGCCGGUCAAGGUGAUGGCCAAGAUGCUGCCGCGCCACAUGGAGAUCAUCGAGGUGAUCAACGAGGGGUGGACUAAGUGGUUGGCGGGCCACCUGAAGGACCUCAAGCCCGAGGAGCGAGCCAAGCGUGUCGCGGCCAUGUCGAUCAUCCACGAGAACCCCUGGAACAAGGACGAGAUGUUGGUCAACAUGGCCUACCUGGCUGUGGUGGGCUCCUCUGCCGUCAACGGAGUGGCGGCUAUCCACUCCAACAUCGUCAAAGACGAGAUCUUAAACGAUUUCUACCAGAUCUUUCCGUCCAAGUUCCAGAACAAGACCAACGGCGUAACCCCCCGUCGCUGGCUGGCAUGGUGCAACCCCGAGCUUGCGGCCCUCAUUACUGACGCGCUGGGUACUUCGGAGUGGAUUAACGACACGGAGAAGCUGGCGGGUCUGCGUGCCUUUGCCAGCGACAAGUCGUUCCAGGCCAAGUGGUCGGCCGUCAAGAAGGCGAAGAAGGCCAAACUGGCGCAGCUGAUCAAGAAGGUGCACGGCGAUGAUGUCAACCAGGAGGCGCUCUUCGACAUCCAGAUCAAGCGCAUCCACGAGUACAAGCGUCAGUACCUGAACGUGUUGUCCAUCAUCUGGCGAUACAAGCAGCUCAAGAAGAUGAGCCCCGAAGAGCGCAAGAAGGCCGUGCCACGUGUGUGUGUCAUCGGCGGCAAGGCGGCCUCCGCGUACGACAUGGCCAAGCGCAUCAUUCGGCUGGUGACUGCCGUUGGUGAUGUCAUCAACAAGGACCCCGACACCCAGGACUACCUGCGCCUCUACUUCCUGCCCGACUAUAACGUAUCUCUGGCGGAAACCAUCAUCCCGGCAGCAGAGCUGAGCCAGCACAUCUCCACAGCGGGUACGGAGGCUUCAGGUACGUCCAACAUGAAGUUCCAGAUGAACGGCUGCCUCAUUAUUGGCACCUGGGAUGGGGCCAACAUUGAAAUUGCGGAGGAGACGGGCAUCGAGAACGUGUUCGUGUUUGGUGUACGCGCGGAGGAGAUCAACCAGCUGCGCAAGGAGCGCAAGAACCUCAAGACCGACCCGCGGUGGGACGAACUGAUGCGUGAUAUUGAGAGUGGCAUGUUCGGCGACAAGGACUAUUUCAAGCCGCUGGUGGACAGCGUCAACAAUAUGAAGGUUGGUAAUGACUGGUUCCUGCUGGCCAACGACUUCGCGUCCUACCUGAAAGCCCAGGAGGAGGUGGAUGCCUGCUACAAGGACCAAUCAGAGUGGCUGCGUAGGUCGAUUAUGUACACGGCGGGCAGUGGCAAGUUCUCGAGUGACCGCACCAUUCGCGAGUACGCUGAGGACAUCUGGCACGUGAAGCCCUCCCGGCCAACCAUCGCUUAAAUGACGGCAUGACGCGUCAUGCCCUGAAUGUGUGCCCCAUUUGGGGCUGGCCAGGCCCGCUGAAUGGCGGCAGCUUUGUGGUCCUGUGCGUAUAAACGUGCAAGCAGUAACGGAUCCACUUACUUGCGCGCCCAGAAAUGCCUAUCCGCUGCUCCUGUAGCCCUACUCGGUAUAGCCAGUACGUCCAUGUCGCUUCAGUACGGCGCUGACCUGUCGCCUCUGCCGAUUGCGUGUCCCCUUGGAAGGGAUCGGUUAGCUUGCCUAUAUGCCUUUUGCCAGCAGUGGCUUGUUCGGUGGCGGCGUUUCUCGGUCGGUCCGUUUCUUGACAAUCACUCGGCCAUGUAGGCUGUUUAGUUUUCAGCCCCGGAAACUCGUCAGGUCCAGUGCGUCGGUAGCAUUUACCGCGCCAGGAUGAGACCGCGAAGCGACUGCUUGAUCAAGGAUGAAUUUAUCCGGGUCGUCGGCGUGGCUGCAGUGUAGGGCCGUGCGUGCUUACUGCAUAGCAUGCUCAUUAGCAGCUGCCGCAGCGUUGCCACUUGCAUUUCCUCGGUAUUUGGGUUUCGCUCAUGGUGUCCGAGUGAUAUGAAGAUGCUGAAUGAAGAACUAUGAAGCAAGGUAUUACUUUUUUCGCAAGGCAUUUCUUCGCGCGCAAUGCGCAGGAACAUUUCUUCUUUCACAGGCAUCUUGCCUCGAUAUGUUGUACCUGAGAAUUUCGCGCGGGUGUCGAGGCGUGACAGUUGGGCCGUGACAGUUGGGGGAGGUACCGAAGAGUGACGGGCGUAUGAACCCUUAUUCCCAGUGAGGGUGAAGUAGGACUGGCCGACAAGAAGACUUCUUGCCGCUCUGUUCAUCGUUCGUUGUUUGCUCUAUUCUUUUAUCCUAACGUUAAGUAGGCCACCGAGACUCAAUUGACCUUUUUAGUAUCGUUCAGCUUGUAAAUUGUUUCCUGACC